AUUUUAUGCGCAAGUCGCGUCAAGGCAAAUCAGUCUCUCAGUGAAGGCUGCAGCUUUGACAGCUGAUUUUCCGAUGGCAAAUGUUGGGCUUAAUGUUGCCUUGCACGUCGCCGGAUUGCUUCUGGUGAUUCUGGAUUUCUUGCUUUGGGUCCUGACCCUUGGCCCAAUUUGGAUGCUGCUGAAGAACAUGAAUGCUGUGUCCGAGUUUGCAAGACCAGUGAAGAAAGCCAAGAUCAAUAGUACAGGUCCUGAUUCCGACGUUUGGCAUUCCCUAGAAGCGAUCCAGGCUGGCAAACUCGUGACGUCACCGUUUCCGGAAGAGGGCGUACUGACAGUACCCCAACUACUCGAGCGGUCGGUGAAGCGCUAUGCUGAUCGACAAGCUCAAGGAAUUCGACCCUUGCUGUCUUGGAAAAAGGACGAAGGCUACAGAUUUCCAGCCAGGGUCUUUGGAGAGACGCACUGGCGAAGCUAUCGGGAAUUCGGUGAUUUAUGCAAGGCUUUUGGGGCUGGUUUGCGAGCACUUGGCUUGGAGCCGCAGCCUGAAGGAGAGUUCGACAGCCUCACUGGAAAGUUCAAGAUCAUGAUGUAUGAGGACACCUGUGCCGAUUGGCAGGUAUGCGCGUUUGGCGCCAUGUCGCAGAACAUCGUGGUGGCCACCGCCUAUGCGACCCUUGGGACCGAUGCCGUGGUCCACGCGGUCAACGAAGGAGCCGUUUCGGCCAUUGUGUGCAAUCGCAAAUCUGCGGAGGGCUUGGAGAAGAUUGCGGAGCAAAUGCCUUCCCUGGAGGCCAUUAUAUACCUGGACUAUUUGUGCACGCCCGAAGAAUGCCAAACCAAAUUGAAGAGCAGCUCCAAGUCGGUGAAACUUCUCUCCUGGCAGGAGGUCAUCGAGCUGGGCAAGGCCAACCCCAAGGAGUCCACUCCCGCGAAGCCUGACUCUAUCGCGGUGCUGAUGUACACCAGCGGCUCAACCGGCCCACCAAAGGGUGUGAUGCUGCAACAUCAACAACUGGUGGCAUUUGUUGCAUCAUGCUUCAUUCAAUUCUCAGAGGUCUUGGACGAUCUAGGAUCCCAUACCUUCCUCGGAUAUCUUCCACUGGCUCACAUUUUGGCAGUGGUAGCAGAGUUGCUUUUCUACACCACUGGCAACCGCAUUGCCUAUGCAGAUCCCAAGUCUCUUCUGCCAGGUCCCGAGAGGUGUUACCCCAAGGGAGCUCUUGAGGAGUUCGCUCCAACUUUGAUGGCUGGGGUACCGAAGGUCUGGGAGACCAUCAAGAAAGGUGCAGAGACGAAAGUUGAGAAGAGUGGACCUGUGGUGGCAUUUCUCUUCAAGCUGGCGAUGCGGAUCAAGAAAUCCGCGGUGCGGCAGAACCGCUACACACCGCUGUUCGACCUGUUGGUGUUCAAGAAGUUCAAGUCCAUGCUUGGUGGAUGUAUGAAGUUCACAUUAUCUGGCGGUGGUGCUAUCUCCCCUGAUGUUCAGGAAUGGGUGCGGACAGCCUUUGGCUGUCCGCUCAUUCAAGGUUACGGCCUUACAGAGACCUGCGGUGGCGCUGUGCUUCAAAAGCCGCUGGCAGAUCCAUCCGUUGGAUUCGUUGGAUCCGUCCUGUCCUCCGUCGAACUGACACUUCACUCAGAGCCAGAGAUCACCGACAACGAUGGCAAGCCCUACCUUUGUACAGACAAGGUGCAUUCAGAUGGCUCCGCCUGCUGCGGUCGGGGAGAAAUUUGGAUGAGAGGUAAUUCCAUCGGUUCUGGCUAUUACAAGCUGCCAGAGCAGACAGCAGCAGACUUUGACAACGACGGCUGGUUCCACUCUGGAGACAUCGGGCUGAUCACACCCGAAGGAAAAGUCAAGAUCAUCGAUCGCAAGAAGAAUCUUGUGAAGCUGAAAGGUGGCGAAUACGUUGCCUUGGAGCUGAUCAAUGUGACCUACAACAAUCAUGAACUCAUCAACGCGGAUGCUGGAGGUGUGUGCUCUUUUGCAAGCCAUGAAAUCGAUCGGCCCGUCCUGCUUGCUCAGUGCAAGAAGAAGGAGCUCUUAGCUUUGGCUGCUGCGAAUGGCGUCACCGGGAAAGAUGAUGAUGCUCUUUGCAAAGACCCCAAGGUCAUGGCAGCUGUUAAGACUGCUCUGGAUGCAGUGGCGAAGGCACAUAAGCUUCCGGCCUUGAUGCAAGCGAUUGCAGUGAUGCCUGUGUUGGAGCCCUGGACUGCCGAUAAUGGCUGCCUGACUGCCACAUCUAAGUUGGUGGCCAAGAAGAUUUACCAGCUCCAUGAAAAGGACCUGGACGUGUUGAAGCCGAUGGCCAUGAAGGGAUGAUUCGGCAUUGAUUUGCACAGCCUCGAUUGGAUG